AUGGAAGAAUUCGGCGAGGGGAAUCUUGAGCAAGAGUGCUUGGAGGAAGUUUGCAACUACGAGGAAGCGCGGGAAAUCUUCGAGUUAGAUGUCAUCGGUCUCAACAAAUUUUGGCCAAACUACAUCAAUCCUACAACGACGACUACUACGACAACAACAACCAGAGCCCCAGAAACAGAUUUUUUGGAUAGGGCCUACAGCCCCGAUAAUGCCAGUGGAGCAACACUUCGAAUUUGGCCGAUCAUUGUGAUCAUUCUCAGCGCUGGACUUAUCAUCGGCGUCUUAUAUUUCUGCUGGAGAAAGCGGCGAAACAAUCAGAACAAAAAAGAAAAGGGCCAAGGAGAAACAAACGAUCUUCUGGCUAACCAUGGGCAUGUAGAUGUAAUGGGGCAUUCAGCGAAUGGAACUUUCGGGAGAUUUGAAGUUGGACUCAAGCCAAUUGUUCAUAGCUCUUCAAGCAGAUCCCAGUCGACUCAACAAUCAAAUUCCUCUACUGGAAAUAGUGGCCCACCACCUCCGUACAUGGAUCAACGAUCCGACUCUCUUAUCAGCGCUGCUUCUCGAUCUCAAUAUAUCAUUCAAGAUCCAAAACUCGCGAGGGACGUGAAAUCCUGCCUGAUCGAUCGAAAGAAAGUGACCAUCGGCGAACUCCUAAAAGAGGGAAAUUUCGGAGCGGUUUACAGAGGAACUUUGAUCAAUCAUGGUCGAAAACAGGCGAUCGCGAUCAAAUCCCUGAAGUGCGUCACGGACAGUUCCAGCUUUGAAUCCUUCAUGCGCGAGGGAGUACUGAUGAAAGAAUUCAAUCAUCCGCACGUGUUGAGCUUGAUCGGAGUCUGUGAGGGCGACCAAUCUCCGAUGCUUCUUCUUCCAUUUUGCGAAAAGGGCGAUCUCCGUGCCUAUCUUCGCGAUCCUAAAAUCGUCGUCACCGUUUCCAACCUCGUCAAGUUCUGCCAAGAGAUUUGCGAUGGAAUGGCGUACCUGGCUUCGCGAAAAUUCGUCCACCGAGAUCUCGCCGCCCGAAACUGCAUGGUCGACAGUAAAUGCAGCAUCAAAGUCUCUGAUUUCGGCCUUUCCCGCGUUUUCGCAAACGAACGCGAUUACUACAGAGCGCAAUCGACGAUUGAACUUCCGCUCAAGUGGAUGGCCCCGGAAAGUAUAAAGUACAACUAUUACAACGAAAAAACGGACGUCUGGUCGUUUGGAAUCACGUGCUGGGAAGUGUUCUCCAGAGCUGUCAUUCCAUACCCAACUGUCGAAGCUCAAAACAUCCUCACUUACCUCGACUCGGGGAAGCGACUGGCCAAGCCGCCCCACUGCCCCGAUGAAAUUUACCAAAUGAUGAACGAGUGCUGGAGCGAGAAGGGCGAAGAUCGACCGACUUUCAGAGAAAUCAAGCCGAUCUUUGAUGCAAUUCUCGGCCGCGCCCAAGUGCCAGAAAGACAGAAGAAUCGAUACUCAGAGCCUCCUAAAACAUACGGAAAAGCAAAAGCAGUAGGAAGAAGUAAUACAGAACGACCGCCGUCGGCAAGCCCGUAUGAUAGACAUCAGGGCUCGUUCCAGACGCAAAAUGGCUUUAGAAGCGUCGACAGACGAGAACAGAGACCUCGGCCAAAGGAGAGGACUCUCAGAUAA